AUGUGCACCGAUAACCUUAAUUUGAUCGGUCACCAUGCGAUCCGUAUCCCAUACACUGCGAGUGACAGAUCCCUUGGUAUCAUCACCGUUGAUCUUGUCAACUCAAACGGCCUGGGCGUCCUGCCAUUUCAGCGGUUGGAUUUGUGCGCCAAGGAAAAGAUGUCUGACAAGCGUGUCAAAGAUCAACGCCCAACAAGGACCGGGCGCAUGUCAAGGAGCUCGUCGUCAGACCGUUGGGAAACCAAAAGCUGCGAGUCGAAUCGUGGUGACGUUCUCUCAUUGGGCCCGAGGAAAAGCCUCAGUCUGGCGGUUGACGGUAGCUGUGAAACCGACUUGAUCGCGUCAUGA